AUGUCUCAUGGCAAUCAGGCACCGGACAUUCUUAGUAAUCUCUCCGUGCCAUGCGAAAAUAUCCUCCAGCAAUGGGCACUCAAGGAUCUUUCGAAUACUCACCUAUGGCCAGGAGAUACACCCACACUCAGCGAAAACUCCGAGUCCUUUUCUCUCGACCCAGUUGCCUUUCCCUGCAUGGAUAAUAUUCCAACUUGUCUUCCUCAGUCCAUGGAACUCUCGCCCUCUUCCAGCCCUUCCACAUCCGAGAAUAAAACAAGCAAACGCGACACCCAAUUGAGUUUUGAAGAGGAGCUUCUUCUUACUUUAAGAGAUGAGAGAAGUAAAACAUGGAGAGAGAUCAGCGCUACAUUCGAAAAUGUGUUUGGAAGAAGAUACCGUGCUCCAGCUCUGCAGAUGAGAUAUGUGCGACUGCAAAAACGCCUACGUUUGAGUAUUGACGAUGAUGUGUCUGCCUUAUUUCAGGCUUAUUCACAUUGGGUAGAUCUAAAAUGGGAUAUUAUAAGUGAAAAGAUGAAAGACCUGGGCCAUGGAGGUCACUGGACUCCCAACUACUGUUCCCAUCGGUGGGUGGCUCACCAUACGCCACAUCGAGACCUGGAUUAUUUGGAAUGA